AUGACUCCUGUAAGAUUCAGAUGGACGGUGGCAAAUGUUCAAAAGAGACAUAAGGCCCAAGGCUUGAACCUGUCAGUGUUCUCGCUGGGCAUCAGCAACUCGUGGGCGUCGCCGGUGCUGCCACUUCUACGGGGGGCGGGGGCCGCGGGGGCUGAGGGGGGCGAAGGGGUCGCAGGGGACGCGGGGGAUGCGGGGGGCGAGGGGGUCGAGGUGCUGGCCCACCCUGCAACCGACGCGCAGGUCUCCUGGAUGCUGUCUGUGGUGUUUGUUAGCAUCUUCUUUGGCAGCUUCAUCAUAGCCUACCUCCAGCACCAGCUCGGGCGGAAGACCUGCCUGCUGCUGGGCAGCGCGCCGCGGCUGAUCGGCUACUCCGUGCUGCUGGCGGGGUCGGAGCCCUGGCACCUCAUCGUGGCCAGGCUCUUUGUGGGCUUCGGAGACGCCUUCUCGUUCUCUGUUGUGCCGGUUUACUCGUCUGAGGUUGCUAGUAAAGAGAUACGAGGGCGUCUGGGCACUAUAAUGCAGUUGAUGACGAACCUGGGAGCAGUGUUCUGCCUGGCAGCAGGGCCCUACUUGAGUUACCGCAUGUUUAACCUUUCGAUCCUGAUUAUGGUAUUGGUGACCACAGUACCCAUGCUGUUUCUGUUGGAUAGCCCUUACUACCUGUUCUCUAAAGGACGUACGAAUGAAGCUCACAAAAUCCUGACAUUCCUCCGAGGUGAAGAAACAUUAGCCGACAAGGAAAUACUAGAAUAUGAGCAGUUAAAGAAUAAGGAGAACAAAAUAGUCCUGUCGGAAGUGCUGCGAUCUAAGAACGUAAUCAAAUCUCUUCUCAUAGGAAGCGCUUUAGGAUUCCUGCUACAUUUCCAAGGGACUUUGGUGAUAGGAAGCUAUUUGCAAUCGAUCCUCGAGUCGGCGCAAACCGGGAUUGCUCCAGAAUUGUCAUCGGUAUUCUUUGGUCUACUGCAGCUAGUUGCCAGCAUAUCAGGAACUGUGAUUUCAGAGAAGUUUCGACGGAAACUGAUUAUGACAUGCUCCUUGCUGACUUUAGCUUUGGGAAUGAUUUUCCUCGGAAUCUUCUUCCGAUUUCUGGACUUGGGUUACGAAGUGGCUGGCGUUCUGAGCGUUCUACCACAUCUUGCUCUUUUCAUGAUCCUGUUUGGAUACAAUGCAGGUCUUGGGGCCCUGAUCAUCCCAGUGAUAGGGGAACUGUUCGAGGGUCCAGCUCGAGCCAUCGGCAACGCUUGCUUCCUCUUCUCCUGUACCAUCAGUUGCAAUCUCGUCAUUUGGUUGUACCCACUCAUGACCAGCUUAGUGGGCCGCGACGGACCUUACUGGGUGUUCGCGACGGGAGCUCUAGUGUUCAUGGUUUAUAUUCUCUGUUUCAUUCCCGAGACGAGAGGGAAGACGUUUGCGGAGAUACAAGUGGAGUUUGGGAAGGAUACGCCGGGUGGUGGGAAGGAUUGAUCUGAAGG